AUGGAGCCAACCGUAGCGAUUAAGCCGGAGGCAGCGGUUGUCUGCACAAAGAGUCUUGAGUCCAUCUUUACACGUAGUGACCCCAAAGAGAUGUGCGAGGCACUGCAGACAGCGAUUCAACUGGCGUCAAACAAACAGAGUAUUGAUCAUCUGGUCCUUCCCGUGAUCAAGCACGCCAGCACCUCAACCGACCAUAGACUGAAAAAGCUCCUCCACAUCUUCUGGCCGCUUGUUGAGUGCUAUCAUGGAGGUCAGCUGAAAUCUCACAUUAUACUGAUGUCGAACUCCAUUCUUCACGACCUCAAAAGCCCCAAUGAAAUGAUCCUCUGCUCAGCACUUCGCUGCAUCCUUCACUUGCAAGUCAUCGAGGUUAUAUCUAACAUCAUCACUGGGGUCCCGCCACUAUUGUCUCACCCCGACCAUAGAGUUCGCUGCGCCGCAGUUGCCGCUAUUCAUUCUGUUCGUGCGCGCUAUGGUGACAUUAUUUCGCUUGGAGACGUAUAUACACGCCUAGCAGAAGAGGAGAACGUUGCGGUCUUGCGCCGUCUUGUCUUCCUUCUUGCGGAUCUAGACCCAGAAAAUGGUGCUCUUCACGUACUCAAACUCCUGAGGCGCAUGGGUGUUGCCGACGUCUCUGACUUUUUAUAUGAUGUGCUCCCCCAACUAGUUAAAGGGAUGCAGGGCGAUAAAAUAGGGUUUCUGGAGACUGUGCUCUCUGUCACAAAGAAGUCGAUUGCACAAUUUGAUUCACGUGUACAAUAUUCAGCGGGCCUUGGCCUUUGGGCUAUUGUAGUUCUUUAUCCAACAAUUAGCUUCCAAGGCCUAAAUAAGGGCCAAUCAGAGGGGAAUUGCAGUGAAAUUACGCGAGAGGAUAUUGCUGUGAUGGCAGUUCAGUCUCUCCUGCACGCCAGUAGAACCAUUGACGAUGCUUGCAUGAUAACAAUACUUGAUAUUAUUAGGGAAGCCGUUUCGCUGUUUGCACAGGCCUUCAUGAAUCACAGCAUUAUUAGCAAUAUCACCUUCUCCCUUUGCUCCAGCCAUAUGUCUGAUGCUGCCCGAUCCCGUCUUCUGGGACUCAAACUCUUCAGCACACUUGCUCAUAUAGGUUCUGCCCGCCAGCUUCUAGAAACAUUUAUUUUGUCCCCCUUUAUAACUACAAGCUGUAUUACUGUGCUGUAUGAAUCUGUAUCAGAGAUAUUCAGUAUUGUAUCUAGCUUGAAGACCUCUGAAGAACUUAUGGAACUGGGAGCUACUCCUUUUGUGCUUACCGAGUUGGUUCAUAAAGUUACCACAUAUUCUCCGGCCUAUACAACCCUUGCCAAGACAAACGCUGAGUACAAGCGUGGGCUGUGGACCGAUACUUGUUGCGAUGUUGUAAAGGUGCUGAUGUGCAUCUUAAAGGGUAUUGUGACCACUGACAGUCCACCUUCUGUUGCAGCGCUAGAGACAGGGCAGUUGUGCAUGAGACUUCUCCUGUACCUGGUGCUCUGCAACAAAGGUCCAAAUGGUAGAUGGAACCCAGAGGUAUCUCAAGCAGCAAUUGUGGCUGUUGGAGACAUCUCACCGAUGCUUGUGCUUCUUCUUGUUUGCUAUUUCUUGAAAAUUGCAUUUAAGACAUCUUCCGAAGAGAAGGAUCUAAACUACGACUUCUCUACGCAGUACUUGGGGAUGUCCCCCCUGGCAUUUUUGCCCACUGCCGUAGCAGAGGCAUCAAAGGGCUCCGUUGAUCCUAGAACCCUUUGUGGACUUGCAACUAAAGAGAUGUACGAUGCCCAGGAUUCACUUAUCAUUGCCGUCUCUUGCAGGUACCUUCUUGCAGGUAUUGAUGCCUGCGUCAAAACAGGUCUUUACACAAGGGAAGGUAUAUCUGGCCUGCUGUUAGUUGGCAUUGCAAAAUACUACAAAGUCAUCGAAAAAAAUACUGCAGUGUGCAGCAGCGACCUCUGCUUUAUUAACUUGCAGAUGAAGCGUAUCGUGAACCAUUGCAAAGGAGAAGUUGACGGCAAGGACUUUUCGGAAAAUAAAACAAGUUAUAAUCACUCGGCGCAUCAUUCAACGCACACAUUAGGCUCUUCAGCUGCGUCUCCUAGACUUGUCUCGUCACUAUCUCACGCCAUAUCUGGUGUGCAAUUCAGUAUCUUAGGCACCUCGGUUGAAAGACCGACUAUUACACAGGAGACAGCUAUUCUGACGCGCAGCUUUGGGUCUGACGACUUGUAUAACACUCUAGUCGAACUAGCUGUGCCCCAAUCUUCUGAAAAAGGAUCUUCUCUCGCCACUGUCUUUACUAAGGACACAGAUUUUUCGCUAUACACUCCCAGUCAGAGUGCAUCAUGCAAUGCCAUUAGUAUUGAUUCAGCUGGGAAAAUAUAUAGUAGUGGAUCGCUCGGGAAUGUGGUCCAGCUUUCAGGAGACUCUGAGCGAAUCUACGCCGAGGCUAUCAUUCAGGUCUCUCCCUCCUUGAUAGCUCUAGAGGUACUCUUCAUUAAUAGAACUAAUGAGUCUGCACAGGAUGUCACAUUGGAACUGUUUGCAAGUCCCUCUCUCCGGGUGCCUCAUACAGCCAAUAAAGUAGUCAAUCUAGAACCCUACGGAUUUGCAAGGGACAAGUACAUCCUCUACGUAGACAACUGUGAAGCUGGGGUUAUUUAUGGAAAUAUAACGGCGAAAUUCACCCAGGAGAAGCAGAAAAACGAGUCAAGGACACACGAAGUCAUUCACCGCACUAAGGAGAUUGAUAUCAAUAUUCGAUCAUUCCUUACCCCCUAUUCUCUAAGAGACAGAGAGUUCUGCCGUCUAUGGUCCAUAUUUGAUUGGGAGUAUAAGGUUGCAGUGUCAACAUUAGCUCCACCGGAGGGGGUCGCGUUAAUGGUUAAGGCAAGCCUCAAUGCGUUCGUUCUUCCGGAAGAAGAGGCUCUCUUACUGAGAGGCUUGUCUGAUACUUCUAUUUGUGACAAAAAGUUAAGAACAUACUGUUGCAACUUUGCAACUCAAUCCAGGGGGACCGUCGUCCUUUUCAAUCUCAGCCUCGAGGUCUUCUGCGGUCCCGAUGGUUCGCUAACAUCAGGAAGCCUUCGGCUUCGUAGUCCGUCAAAAUUCCUUGCACAAUCUAUUUCAUCUUACCUUUCAUCCACGCUUGUCUUUUGA